GGCCGGCCUAAAACCCCCUAGCUUGUCCCACCGUUGACAUUAUCAAUGAUAUGUACUCCUAGUGCGCAUUAAGGUAACCUAGGGUAUCUUGCCUACCAUACAAACCUCAAGCAUCUCUUAUCAUUUAUCAUACCAGGUUACCCGUCUUCACCCCAAAUCGGGAAUAUCAAAAGACUCGAUCCUUGAGCCUCGACCCUCUACAGCCUCUACAAGUUUGAAACAAAUACCCCAUAAGGGUGAAAAUAAGGCGAGGGAUCUUUUACCCUUACAUACCAACAUACAUACAUGUUGCAGAGACACGUGCGGGCCUGGACCGGCAGGGUAGCUAAACAGCUUUCCACCAUGGCAUCAUCAUCAUCAGCGUCACCAUCACCCACGUCGAAUACGCCGAUGGAGGAUGUGAUCCGGACGAAGAUCAACGAGACCCUCAAGCCCUCGCGUCUGGAGAUCUUCAACGACUCCUCCAAGCACGCGCACCACAAGCCCAUGGCCGGCGUCGCCUCCACGGAGACCCACUUCCGCCUCGUCAUCACCUCGGACGCCUUCCGCGCCAAGCCCCAGCCCGCCCGCCACCGCAUCGUCUACCAGCUCUUCCACGACGAGAUGGCCCGCGACGGCGGCAUCCACGCCCUCCAGCUGCGCACCAUGACCCCUGACGAGGAGCUGCGGCUGAAGGAGAAGGAGCAGCAGCAGCAGCAGCAGCAGAGCGCAAAUGCAGCAGCCGCUGCCGCUGCCGCUGCCACUGCCACUGCCGCCGACGCAAGUUGAAAGAAAGACAAUGCCUAGGGAGCUAGGUGGUGUUGAUGGCAAAGGGGGCUAGGAUGGAAGCAUGAGUGUAAAGUACCUAGGGUAGGUACCUACAGUAUCUAACGUACGAUAGAGGCGCGUGGAGAUUAGAUUAAUAAUCGUCGAUGACUUGUUACCAAGUAGGUGU